UGAUGCUGCGGCAUGAGAUGCGACCGGCGGGUGGCUCAAGCUUCGCGCAUCUUCGGUGGUGACGAUCAGGAACUGCGCAAUUACUCCAAUGUUGGGGUACUUUAUGGAGGGGAUGAUUCCUGAGCUCAGUAGAGUUACGUCGGUCCUGACGAGCUGGCGGGCCGACUUCGGGCUAGCGCUAAAUGGACUAGCGCAGAAUCUGCCCACACGAGAUUUUGGCACCUCACCACUCACCAGACUUUCGACUUCGACAACACCGGUACUAACACCACACAUAGCAGCAAGAUGGUUCCCAUGUCGUCUUCAGGAAUACCAGGUCAUCGGCCGUCACCUGCCCUCUGAGGCCAACCCUACCCCCAAGCUCUACCGUAUGCGCAUCUUUGCGCCCAACGAUGUUGUGGCCAAGUCGCGAUUCUGGUACUUCCUUGGCAAGCUCCGCAAGAUCAAGAAGGCCAACGGUGAGAUCGUAACGAUGAACCUGAUCCACGAGAAGCGCCCCCAGAAGGUCAAGAACUUCGGUAUCUGGAUCCGAUACGACUCGCGCUCCGGUACCCACAACAUGUACAAGGAGUACCGUGAGAUGUCCCGCUCCGACGCCGUCGAUGCUCUCUACCAGGACAUGUCCGCUCGUCACCGAUCUCGCUUCCGAGAUAUCCAGAUCCUCAAGGUUGUUGAGGUCAAGAAGGCUGAUGACGUUCGCCGCCCCUACAUCAAGCAGCUCCUCACCAAGGGUCUCAAGUUCCCUCUUCCCCACCGUGUCAGCAAGCCCAAGUCCGGCAAGAUCUUCGCUGCUUCCCGGCCAUCAACUUUCUUCUAA